UUUUCAAUUUGUUGGAUUUUGCUUCUUCUCAGUUGGAAUUCUUCGUGGCAAAUGGAAACUCUUUACUCGAAGCUCUACGAUAAAUACUCCAAGCUCAAGGUGAAAAAGGAUACCGAAAUAGAAAAUGUUUCUCGUGAUCAAGAAGUCAAGUUUGUCAACUAUGUAUCUGCUGCGGAUGAGUUUAUAGAACACUUGAAGAAAGAAAAUGAAGAGUUGCAUACACAGGUCAAUGAAUUGAGAAAUGAAGUUGCUUCCAUUAGUUCAUCCAAGGAUGAGCAAUAUGUUGAGUACCAAAAGCUUUUAUUUGAAGAGAACCAGAAGAGUAACGCACUUUCUGAAGUGAUUGAAAGGCUGCAGAAAUUUCACACCCUGGAAACUCACAACAUUGCGAUCAAGGACAGUGUCAUCAUGGAGCAACCAGAAAGACCUGGAAUAUCUGGAGUUGAAUCAGACACCUCUAAUGGCUCAACUGUGCAGAGGACAAGAAAGCGCAGCAGGCUUAAUUUGACAUCAUCUGCAAGUGCUCAAGUGAAAGAGAGGGAAAUUGAUUCACUUAAACGAACUGCACCCAGUCAGACUGCAUUGGAGAUGAAUCUGGCUGAUUGUAGUAGGAAAAGGAGUUGUGUUUCAUCAGGCCACUGUGUAUUUCAAAAUCUUGCCCAGUAUUUAGCUGGGAUGGAAUUUUGCACUGUUGAUCAAACAGAUGGAAUAUGUAUAUCAGCAACUCAUCUAUCAAGCGGUUACUCGUUCAGUUUGACAUGGAUAGACGAGACGGAUGGGGAAAAAGUGGAGUUGUUGUAUCAGGUAUUAUCUCUGGGAACAUUAGAGAGAAUUGCACCCGAAUGGAUGAGAGAAGUCAUAAUUUUCAGCACAAGAAUGUGUCCCAUCUUCUUCGAGAGGUUAUCUCGGGUUAUCAAGCUUCAUUGAUGAUGGAUCAACCUAUUUUUCCUUUCUACCUUAGAGCUUUGAAACAGGCAUGUCAAAUAUGUUUCUUGUUCAUUUUCAAAAACUAUAAUAUCUGUUAGAGUGAGUUCUUUUGUCACACAAUAGUAGCUGCUUAUUGUUUUAUACAAUUUUAGAUCAAAGUUAUGUAAAAGAGAGUUAGAUCUUAAGUUGCUCGAGUUUUAGCAUAAGCUAUUAAAAGGGUCCUAUCAAUUGGU